CCGGUUUAUUUGUUUAAAAAGUCGUUAAUUAAUUUCGUUUAUUUGGGUAUUCAAAUGAAUAACGAAUCAGGGACUCUAACUAAAACUAUUUACUAAUCACUAAUCGAAUAGCCAACUUUUACUUUACUCCACAACUCCUCCACAACUGAAGUCAACUUACUGAACUUACUUUGUAACUGUACUCAAUGUUUUUGCAAUAUAUCUCGAAUCUAGAGUAGUCCAGAUUAGAUCUAGAUCAAUAAUCGAAUGUGUCUUCACCAUGUCCCAUGAUGGAAUAGUGAUUACAGGAUCCAGACCACCCUCUGCAUUAUCCUCUCACAGACCAAGUUCUGCAAACAGCAAACACCAAGGUUAUCAUACUUUAGCAAGAAACUCAUCAGUUGAUGAAUCUCUUUUUGGAUCACAAUAUCCAUCACAGCUAGAUAAAACAGUAAUAAACUUUAAAGCACCAUGGGAAUACCCUAAACCUGCACCUCCUCGAAACAGCUUUAGUGCUGCACCAGUAAAGAAAGUAGAACCACCCAGACCCAAUGGGCCCCCUUUGCUUUGGUGCCCCCCACCUAGUGAGACAUCACGUCCUCAAAUAAGAUCCAAGACCAAAUCUAAUCUCAAAGACUCUGCUUAUUUGUGGAGCACAAGGGAUCAUUUUAAACAUCUUAAACACACUCCCACUUUUGUUGAUGAGACACUCUUUGGUUCUAAGCUCCAAGAGCCUUCAUUUGAAGCCCCUUGGAAUGCAAGAAAGAAAGGGGAGAAAAAAAAGCCCAGACCAUACCUUUGGGAUCCUUCAGUACCAAGCAACAAAGCUGACACGUCUACAAACGGUGGAUUAUCACAGCGUCCAGCAACAGCUUUAGGUCUUUCUAAAAGUAGGAGUAAAGGUGGCGGGCAAUCUAAUGGGACUAUGCCUGUCUGGAAACCCUAGUUUCCCUUUUUUAUAUGUAGACUUGUUACAGAAGUGUUGUGUUAAUGUUGGCAUUUGUUCGUUGAAGCAGUAGUAAGGACAACAGAUCAGUAUGAGAAAGCAAUCAUAGCAAUGAUGAAUAAGUGCAUGUCCAACAUUAUCUGCCUGUUGUCCUUCUUGUAAAAAAAAAUUGCUUAGUCAAAGAGCAAAUAGUUUAAGUUAAGGAAUUGUUAGGUUUCAAAGUUGUACAUAUUUCUUGUAUAUAUGAAAAUUAGCUGUCUUCCUUUAUCAUUCCAGUGGUCAAAAUUGCCAAAAUUUCAUGUAGAAUUUAAAACUAAAGCAUUAGUACCUAAUAAUACAUGUGCAAAUUUCAUUUCUACUCUGACUAGAAGUCAGUCCUUGACAACUAAUUAUGGUUGAAUAAUAUAUUUACUUUUAAAUGUAUUUUUGAUUUAAUAGUAAUAGUAUAGAAAAUUCUCAAAAGCUUUUACUUUCAUGAAAUAAAAUUAGACUGAUCUCAUCUCCUUGGCCAUGUGUUGUUACAAUUCAAUGAGUAUAUUUUGAAAAUGUGCAUUUUUAUAGUUAUAAACAAAAAAAACAUUCAGAAUAUUGAGCUAAUCAGCAUUGUUAAAUUGUAUGACCACAACAUAUAGGAAUAUGUUUUACUCAGGCAUGAUUAAUUGUAAAAUUUGUGUGGAUUAAAAGUUUUGAAAGUUCAUCAAAAAAACAAACUAGAAGGGACAGAAUCAAACAGCGUGUAUUUUAUAAAUUCUUUUUCAGAUUUGGCUGCAGUGUGGUUAAUUAUGCUUUAAGUAAGGAUUCUUUUGUAAUGGCUAUACAGCCAAUUUACAUGGUGCUUUUUUAUUUUAUUAAUUAACAAUACCUAUUCAAUGUUUAUUUUUAUAGUAUAAGAUUUUUUUUUGUCAUUUUAUUUUUUGAUUUGCUUAAAAGUUACAUAAUAAUUGUUAUAAGGAUUUUAGUGUGCAUUAGUUUUACAUGUUUGAAAAAUUUAAUUUUUAGUUUAGUAAAUCCAUUAGCUCAAUUUUUAUUACAACAGCACAUAUUUUAUUGGUGUUUGUACUACCACCUGAGUGUCCAUAGCUAACACACUUUUAUAGAGAAAGUUUUAAACUACUCAUACCCAGUAACAGAACAGAAGGUAUUAUAAUGUAAAUCUAUAUGACCUUUGACUAUUUUUCUGGAUAUGUAAAACAAAACAAAAAAAUACUGAAAUUGAAAUAAAAAACAAAUUAACAA